AUGAUGCCCUCGUUUCUCUAUCCAUCGACGCCUCAGGCAUUCAUCAAGCCAUCGCUCCCUUCGCCCCCCGCGCGCAACGCAUCUGGCUCCUCGACCGCCGGCGCUUCGGCUGCCACCUCGCAGACGACCCUCGCCCAGCGCUUUCGCCGCGCCAUCAAACACGACGACCUCGCCCUCGCCCAGCGCAUCGCGAGCAGGGCAUUUGAGCUGCAGCAGCAGCAGCAGCAGCAGCAGCAGCAGCACCAGCACCAGCACCAGCAUCAACCCUGGCAGACCGACCAGCUUCAGCCGCGCCCAUCCCCAGGCUUCGAGGCGCUCCAGCCAAGCGUCGGCCUCGUCCGCCCUCUGCCCUCCAAGCCUAUCCCUCGAACCGCCACGUCGCGCCGGCCGCUGUCGGGCGGACACCCGUUCGACGUCCGCAACGUCCAGCAUGCCGAGCUCGCCGGAAAGCGCACCAAGCUGCCCAACUACACGUACCGCCUGGGCGCCAGCCACGAGAGCUCGCUCGACGAUGGCCGCGACUCGAGCCUCGUCCUCGCCAUCAAGAACAAUGCCGACAUUGAGCUCAUCCGCUGGCUCAUCGAGAUGGGCCACGAGCAAAAGGGCCCCAGCAACGACAUCUACGGCCACAAUGUCCUCCACCUCGCCGCCCUCUACGACCGUGCCGACGUCAUCUACGCCUAUUCGACCUACAGCAGCAUCUACGUCGCCGUCCCCAUGUCGGAGCUCGUCGAUCGCUGCAGCUUCCACGAUCGACGCACCCCGCUCCACCUCGCCUGCAUCAAGGGCCACGAGGACGUGGCGCGGCAGCUGCUCGACCUCGGCGCGACCAUCGACGCGCCGGACCGCGAGGGCAACACGGCGCUCCACUGCGCCUCGGCGUGGGGCCACCUCUCGCUCGUCCAGCUCCUCAUCGAGCGGGGCUGCUCGUUUGCCACCCAGAACCAGGACGGCUUCACCGCUGCCGACUUUGCCUUCACCCACAGCGUCAAGGCCGCCCUCGAGGCGUUCGGGCGCGCCCAGUUUGAAGCGCGCAAGCGGACGCGGCGAGGGCAGGCGGCUGCCAACGCCUCGUCGUCUGCAGCAGCCAGCGGCUCGGCCUCGGCUCCUGGGGCGGGACCGUCGGGAUCCGCCUUCCGGCGAAGCCUCGACGACGACACCUACUUUGGGCGGCAUGGCGGCAAGCCGCGCACCGAGUUCAAGCCUCCACCACUGCCGCUGGGCAUCGACCAGGCGGUCAAGGGCGUCGUCUACAGCCCCAAGCCCAUCGCGCCGCACUCUGCCACCCUGUCGGCAUUCGAAGGCCACGGCUACGGCCUCGACCAGGAAGAGGCGCUGAGCGGGAAGCUGUACGACGACUGGGACCCCGAACGUACGUUUGCGCAACCCGGCCAGGACCUGCACGCGAGCAACCGCAACGGGACAACGUCGCCCCACCGUCCUCUGAUGCUGGGCGCGGGCAACGACGCCUCGAGCUACGUGCGCCCAUCACUGGACCUGUACAGCGAGUACCUCGCCCAUUCUGCGGCCGGGGCGCAGCGGGAAGCCUCCGAUCGGGCAUCAGAAGCCAGCAACGCGAGAGGGCCCAUGUCGGCAGGCCCGACCUCGACGGGCCGCGUGAUGCACAGCUUCUCGCCCAGGCCGUCGCUGCAGGAGGACCGGCAAAGGGCGCCGAGCGACCUGUGGCGCGGUGGGCGCCGCAGUCCGCUGCCGCCGAGCCAAUCGGAUGGCGCCUUCCGGCCGCAGCAGCAGCAGCAGCAGCAGCAGCAGCAAUGGCACGUUGCGUCGCAGUCGCAGGGCGCGCGGCGGGGCAGUCCGAGUCCGAGCAACGGCGACAGCCCGAGGGCGGCCACCCGCCACCGCUUCGCCUCGUUGGCCGACCACGUGCGCGGCAACAAUGCGUCGGCCACAUCGCUCUUCCGACGUGGGCCGUCGCCCAACCUCGAACGCCGCGGCACGCCACCGAUCCCGACGCAAGGUCCAACGACGGCGGGCAAGCAGCGAGCAGCCAAGGGAAGCGCCAGCGGCGAGGCAGGAGCGACGUCUCCGCCAAGCCAGAGCGUCAACCUGUCGAGCUCGCUGCCGUCGUCCUCGGUGCUGGCAGCUGGUCCAUCCAAGUCGCUACCGAAGAAACCACCGUCAUCCGGGGCCGGCGGCAGCGGCAGCGGCGGUACCAAGGACAAGGACAAGGACAAGGUCGUCCAGCAGCUGCUCGAAUUUGCCGACGUGCCGACUAGGGUUUGGAGCCGGUCGCCUCUUCUCGCCGAAGCGGGCCCGUCCGGUGGCGCAUCCACACGAAGCGGAGCCACGGUCUCGUCUCCCAAGCAGCACCACGGCGGCAAGGGCAAGGCUGCCGCCGCGACCAACGACAACGAGGCGGCCUUGCGGCACCAGCUCAAGAUUCUUCUGUGA